AUGGUAUCCAAGUCAGCCCUCUAUAUUACGGGCCUUGGUUCACAAUACCCUCCGUAUCUUAUGGCGCCAGAGAAACUUGAUGACCUUGCAGAGCGCUUUGGUGAUACCAGCAGUCCAGGAAUCAAAAAGCUACUUCAAAUCAACCGUUCAACGGGCAUUCAAACUCGAUCAGCCAUCCACUCAUACGAAGAUGGGUUUGCUACUCAGGAAGGGCCACCUUCGGCCAAAGAACUUGACGAAUUCUUUCGGCAAGCAGGAGUCGAUCUCGCCGUUCAGGCAUGUCAAAAGGCUCUUCAAGAAGCUUGCAUUGACCCAGAGCAUAUAACGCAUACCGUCGGAGUCACCUGUACCAACCAUGGCAGCCCAGGCUAUGAUCUGCUUGUGGCUCGCCAAGUAGGCUUAUCACCCCAAGUCGAUCGCAUGCUCCUCCAUGGUGUCGGAUGUGCAGGAGGUCUUUCCAUUAUGCGCGCUGCAGCACAAAUAGCCAGUGGGGCCAGCCUGCGAAGAAAACCGGCUCGAAUUCUGGCUUUUGCCUGUGAGCUCUGCACGCCCAAUUUCCGGAAUGAGCUGGUACAUGCAGAGAAAUGUGCACAUCCAGAUCGGGUUUGCAUUGCCGGAGCUUUAUUCUCCGAUGCAGCAGCAGCGUUUGUUCUUUGUAAUGAGUAUGCGAUGGCAAAUGACGAAAACGUCACUCCUGUGUUUGAGCUGGUUGAGUGGGGGACGAGUUUGAUUCCUGAUACGAUUGAACAUUUGUCGUUUUAUGCGGAUAUAGAUGGUUACCGGACGGUUCUCUCUCGUAAUGUUUCUACAUACGCAAAGAAUGCCAUCAGCCCAAUGUUUGAGAGACUUCUCCCAUCCUACGUGGAGCAAGUCAGUUCUCUACCAGGCGUUGAAGGGGAAACAUUACAGAUAUCGCUAGGCCCGAGUGAGUUCGACUGGGCGUUGCAUCCCGGCGGGCAGGCCAUUAUCAACGGUGCUCAAAGAGUCCUGAAAUUAAAAGAUGAUCAACUGCAAGCAUGUCGAGACAUCUACCGCACUCGAGGAAACUCAUCAAGCGCAAGCGUCUUGAUCGUUCUAGAUCGAGCUCGCACACUGGGUAAAAGAGAGCAUGUUGUGGCGACUUCCUUUGGUCCAGGGAUGGCAAUUGAGAUGGCGAUGCUGAGGAAUUCAAGGCACUUGAGGACAGCAAUAUGA